AUGUCGUCAAAACGGAAACCAAGCCAACCGAAUAAACUCAUUGGUCUACCACGCGAUAUUUCCCCAGAACCGAGUUCAAUUCCUCCGCCACUUUCUACGCUAAACGAAACAACCGGAAGUAUGGAGUUUGCAUCCGCAUUCCAAUCUUCUCAAGUUUCAGAAGCGAACAACAUUUUACCGAAGGACUUCGCAAAGCUUCCCUCAAUGACUUCCCCAGAGAGUGCAUUCAACAUUUUCAUGACAUACAUUAAUGCCAUUCUCAUUGCUAGCUGGCUCAACAAUGACCAGAAGUAUACUCUCCUUAACGAUAUGAAAAAUAAGAUUAAUGAUGUUCAACGGCAAUUCAGCACCUCACCAACGACUCAAAAUAAUGGUGUUGCGGCAAAACUAGACGAGGAUAUACCUUUGAAUCUAACACAAGACAAAAGCGACCAUUCACCAGAAAAGCCUCAAACACACCCAACUCUUCAUCCAUCAGAAAAUAAUGAUAUUUCCUGCAAACCUGAGGACACUGGAACUGAGAAAAUGCCAUUUUCUCUCAAUUCGGAUCCUGCUAAAAGUCAAACAUUACAGCUUUCGCAUUUUGAUGCCUGUAAUGCAUUUCUCGGAUGGCUUUCUCAAACAAACCCGUCUACUUUGCCACUUCGUAGUGAACAGGCUCCCGAACAGCCAAAUAAAUCGCCUCAUCUGCCACUUCCUUUGAGUGCUCCGUCAACUCUAUUUCCUCCCUCCAUGAAAUUAGAUGACACCAAUGGGGGGAGCCAGCAGAUAUUUUCCAAUAUUGCAAAUCUUAUCCCUGCAAUAUUUUCAUCAUUUCGAAACGAGGACAAAGUAAUACCAACUACAUCUACUCAAAUCUCUUCGGGAGGUCACUUCUCUCCCCCAAAAUUUUCCCCUCUGACUCCUCAAACUCAUGGGUUUUCAAUGCCAUUUCAGCAAGAUGGUUUCAACCAAUCAAGAAAUAGCUAUUCAAGAAGUGACUAUAGCGGAAGUGAGACAACCCACAUAGAGGAUUGUAGUGACACUACUCAAGCGAAAUCACCUAAGAAGCCCCAUAUCAAACGACCGAUGAAUGCAUUCAUGGUAUGGGCUCGUGACGAACGCCGCAAGAUCCUGAAGACUCAUCCAGAUAUGCACAACAGCAACAUAUCGAAGAUUCUGGGUGAAAAAUGGAAGCAAAUGACAGCGGAACAAAAGAGGCCUUACUACGAAGAACAAACUCGUCUGAGCAAAAAACACAUGGAAGACCAUCCUGAUUACAGAUAUCGUCCAAGACCAAAGCGUACAUGCAUUGUUGAUGGCAGAAAACUCCGAAUUUCAGAGUAUAAGGAAUUAAUGCGUAGCCGACGAGGCGAGGGUCGAAAGCAAUGGCUCGGUAGUGAUGACCACCAUAGGAUUUAUGGUGAUCUUCUUGAGGCACCUACCAUGUUAACAAUGCCAAGUUCUGGAGCUAGUGAAAACAGUUCAAUCAAUGAUGCUAUAAAUGACGCUCAUCCUCCCACUAUGCUGCAUAAUCCUUCUGGUAUAAAGAAUUAUUCGAGUAAUUCUACCAGUACUGCUGCAUUCCAUCAAAAAGCAUUUCCACCAUUUGCUCCACUUGGUCUUCAAUUUUCAAUGACUUCCAUACCAACAGCUCCGACACAAUGCGACGUGCGAAACGUAAAUAAAUGCCAAAUUGGUCCCCUGCCUUCACUAUCGAAUCCAGUAGUUACAAGUAGCAAUAACGUUGUUAACACAGCAGCUUCUUCUGCCAGUCCAGAUGACGUUUCUCCACGUUCUACCUCACCCCAAAUGCGGAUGCAUCCCGUUCAUAACAUGUGA